UGUAAAGGUGCAAAGAUAUUGAAACGCAUAAAUCGACGUUAGUCACUUCACCAUGGAAGAGGCAGCCAAGGUUGAAAUCUCUGAACAAGCCUUGACAGAAUUCGACAGGCUUUAUUUUCCGCACUGCUGGACCAAAAGAUAUCCAUUUAACGAAAUUUUGGAGAGACAUAUUCAAUUUUUCAACGAAAAUAGCGAAAGCCUAAAGACACUGGUCAAAUGCGAAUUCAAUGUACCUUACGGAUAUGGGCAAAGAGAACAGUAUGACAUUGUGGGAAUAGAUCUGCCAGAAGAUGCUCCAAUUCUCGUAUACAUUCACGGUGGCUACUGGCAAAUAAAAGAAAUAACCCACAGCAAUCAAAUUUUUAUCGCAAAGGUCCUCCACAAGCAUAAAAUUAAAGUUAUAACUCUAGGAUACGAAUUGUGUCCUAAUGUAACAUUGCCGGAGAUAAUGAACAAGAUAUGUGUUGCAUUUAAAAGAUGCAUCGACUAUGCGAGAAAGAAAAAUUCCAAAGGGAUUUAUUUACUAGGCCACUCCGUUGGAGCGCAGCUAGCCCUAUCAAUUUACACCAAACUGUUUCCGUUAUUGUCCAAAGACGAUCAACAAUUGCUCAAGGGGGUCUUCCUAUCGUGUGGUUUAUAUGAUGUCACGCCCAUCACCAAAACUAUCAUCAAUCAACAGCUUGGACUGGACGAAGAGACCGCUAAGACUAUCAGUCCUGAGCAUAACGUUUUCAGUUCCAGCAAAGCAAUUUUUCACGUCUUAACGGCGGAAAACGAAAGCCCAGCGUUCCUCGAGCAAGGGAAGAAAUUCCACGAGAAGUUGAUCGAAUCAGGAAUUCGCUGCGAAUAUCACCAACUUGAUGGAGUCGAUCAUUUUAACGCCAUCGAACGAAUGAUUGAUGAAGAUUUCGACUUGGUUAAGUUGAUCGUCGAAACUGUUGCGCAGAAUUGCAGCCACGAUUAAAUAAAGAUUAACAGAAUGCCUCAAAAAGGCGUACCUGUUAGAAACAUUCUUUAAGGAUGCUUACAUAUAUAUUGCAGUCUUCCAAUAUCUCUUAGGUUUUGUUGCAAAAGGAAACAAAUAUAACUUAUCGCUUAAAAUAAUACGAAAAUAGCAAGAAAUUAAGAUAAAUAAUGACGAUAAUGUAGCAACAACAGGUUUUGUUAAUCAUUUCUUGAGAUUUCAUAAUCAUUUUUUAAUAAGCAGGACACGGACAUUUUUCAUGACCUAAUAAAAUAAUGUAAAACUGCGGUUCAAAUGUUAGGCAAACGGAAAUACAUAAUUUUCUUUGCUAUUAAAAUUUUUAAUUUGUAAUAUGUUACAUUGCAAAAAAAGGUACACUACGAAUACUAGUGACGCACGUAAGUACACAAAAUAUUAUCUACUUUUAUUAUAAUAUGCAUUUAUAAAAUAAUCCAACAUGAAAAUAACUUUACAAAUUAUAGUGAAGAAUAUUUUUUGACUGAAACAGUUUCAGUCAAACUCGGAAGAAGGCAACAGGAUGAUUGGCGAAACCUUAUCUAGUUUGAUUCAACAAAAACCGACGCAGGAGAAAUCCAGAAGUUUUAUAAAAAGUAUUACAGUAGCCUCUGGAAAUUUCUUUGAAAAAUUAGCAUUUUAAUUAUUGAUUUCGCCGCUAGAGGAUGCUGAUACUAUUUCUAGUUUCCUUACAAAGCGUUAUUAUCCAAUUAUUGAUUAAUACAUGCACGGCUAGUGCUGGAUGCGACUUUAUUUUGAAUUAGAUUUCGGGUUUAUUAAGUUAAUAUUUAGCUACGGAUACCGUAGGUACCGACCGAUACUCCUAAGUAGGUAACAAACGUUGUGGUUGGCUAUAUAACAACUGUGCCACCAAAGUCCGCCUCUGUAACUUAUUAUUUCUAAACCCGAUAAAACUUUCACAAGCAAAUAUACUGUCCGGCACGGACGAUCGAUUAAGCACCACACAAGCGUUGUCCAUUAUCGAGUGGAAAACAUGAACGAUUUGGAAAAGUUGUACUCCCCAAGCAAAUGGAGUAAACGAUUGAGCAGCGACGUAAUAAUCACUAAACACCUCGACCUUUUAAAUUGUGGUAAGAUGUAUUUGCCGUCAACACAUUAGGUUCAGGUCAAAACGUCACCAACACCUUUAAAUAAAAUAUACCCAACAAAAUAAAUUUAUCAUACUUUACAUUACUUGAAGUAAGCUCUGUGCGCAUGCUCAUAAGAUAAAUUCCUGUAAUGUUCCUUUAACUUAACUUUAAAGCCGACCUAUAGCAAGUGAAAAGACAAGAAAGAGCAUACCAUGUGCACUAGGAAAUCAGUAUGGCUUAGAAGAAAGAGAGCAGUAUGAUAUAUUUGGAACGGAUUUACCAAAUGAUGCCCCCAUAUUUAUUUUCAUCCAUGGUGGCUACUA